CAAAUAGAAACAAAACCAAAGAAUUAAAAUCUCACAGACAACAAGAAAUCAAAAAAAAAUUGGGGGAAAAAUUAAAAAUAAAUUUAAGUCAGAAAAAAGUCUAAUUUUUUAUUAUUUUUACAAAACAAAGACAGAGAGCACAUAUAGUCUACCUUUCCGUUGAUUUCGCUUCAUUCUGUUGCGAGCCCAUUAAAAUCCUAUACAAUCUCCGCCUUCCGCAAUUUUCGCAGAACUGAAUAGAAGGGGCGACUAGAGAGAGAAAGUAGAGAGAGAAGCUGGAUGGAAUGUUUGAGGGUUUUGGGUAUAUAUACCAUUUUCUUCCUUCUUCACAGUUUGUGCUGUGACUCAUUACUGAAAAACCCCAUUUGAGACUUGACAGAGGUCAAAAUCCGCUCAAUUGACCCAUUUCUUGAUCUGGGUCGAUCUCUGAUAGUGUUGAAGAUCAAUCUAUGUUGGCGGGUCGGUGAGUGUUUUUCUUCAUGGGUUGUGUGGCCUCGAAGCAGUCAGUGUCUGUGACCCCUGCUAUCGAUCACUCCGGGGCGUUUCGUGACAAUGGUAGCGUUUGUUCGGGUCGGAGCAGAGGUGGGUUGGUGGUGGAAUUGGAGAAGAAGAAGAAGAAGAAGAUGAAGAAGAGGACUGAGUCGGGGUUGAGUGGGAGCGAGUUGAGUGAGUCAGGGAGGGCGAGUUCUCACGGUUGUGGUGGUGGUGGUGAGUCUUUGAGCUUUCGGUUGGGGAAUCUGCAGAAGUACGUGGAAGGAGAGCAGGUGGCCGCCGGUUGGCCCGCUUGGCUCAGUGCCGUCGCCGGCGAAGCCAUUCACGGUUGGGUGCCCCUUAAAGCCGACUCUUUUGAGAAGUUGGAGAAGAUUGGACAGGGUACAUAUAGCAGUGUGUUCCGAGCACGUGACUCGGAAUCUGGUCGGAUAGUUGCUCUGAAGAAGGUGCGCUUCGACAAUUUUGAGCCCGAAAGUGUUCGGUUUAUGGCACGAGAAAUAAUGAUUCUACGCAGGCUUGACCAUCCAAAUAUCAUAAAACUGGAGGGGUUGAUUACCUCGCGAUUAUCAUGCAGCAUAUACCUUGUAUUUGAGUACAUGGAACAUGAUAUUUCUGGACUUUUAUCUUCCCCUGAUAUCAAGUUCACCGAUGCACAGGUUAAAUGCUACAUGAAACAGUUGUUAUCUGGACUUGAGCACUGUCACUCAAGAGGUGUAAUGCAUCGGGAUAUAAAAGGUGCAAAUCUUUUGGUAAAUAAUGAAGGAAUUUUGAAGAUAGCUGAUUUUGGCCUGGCAAACUUCUGUCGUUCUGGACCUUCUGGACACAGGCAACCUCUAACCAGUCGAGUCAUCACUUUAUGGUACCGUCCUCCUGAACUUUUGUUGGGUUCCACGGAUUAUGGUGCAUCUGUGGAUCUUUGGAGUGUUGGCUGUGUAUUUGCUGAACUUCUCCUUAAGAGACCUAUCCUUCAAGGCAGAACAGAGGUUGAACAGCUACACAAAAUUUUCAAGCUUUGUGGGUCCCCACCAGAUGAGUACUGGAAAAAGUCUAAACUUCCUCAUGCAACUCUAUUUAAACCACAGCAUCGUUAUGAAAGCUGUCUCUGGGAGACCUUUAAAGAGCUACCAAAAACGGCUGUGAAUCUGGUAGAAACUUUACUUUCCGUGGAACCAUGCAAUCGUGGGAGUGCCUCUUCUGCUCUUGCAUCCGAGUAUUUCACAACAAAGCCUUAUGCAUGUGAUCCAUCAAGCCUGCCAAAAUACCCACCAAGCAAAGAGAUUGAUGCAAAGCAUCGUGAGGAAGCACGGAGGAAGAGGCCUGGUGGAAGAGUCCGUGGACCUGAAACAACCAGGAAGCCAACUAGAAAACCAAAUGGACUAAAUAAAUUGGCACCAGCUGAGGAUUUGUCAGACCAAACUCAAGGCCACCGUAAAAUCAAUGAUAAUAAUAUAAAUAAUUGCAAGGAAAGAGAUAUCAAAUUAGGGGUGGAGCUGCCUAAGCCAUCAAUUUCUGUAAUGGAAGAGGCUUCCCACAUAAAGAAUGCAUCACAAGGGGACAUUCCCUUUUCAGGUCCACUACAAGUUUCAGGUUCUAGUGGGUUUGCAUGGGCUAAAAGGCGGAAAGAUGAAUUGUCCUCCGUGAGAUCACGCAGUCGGUCUAGUUCAAGAAGUCUCAUAUUUGAACCUUCAGGUGCAUUGCAUUUAAAGAAUAAUUCUGAUUCAAAAAGGCAUGAAAAUGCAGAAGUUGUAUAUGGAAGUCGCACCAAUUCUAAGGGCCACGAUCCCUAUGAAACUGUCAAGCAUGCAAUACUUAAAGACUGGAGCCAAUUAGAGCGUCCAGAUUCAUUUGAUGCUUCUGACGGGUACCACUCACAGGAACUGUCACUGGCACUUUAUCAAGGGGAGGAGUUGGCAGCUAAAAGGUUCAGUUUGGCUUAUCAGGAUCAAGGGGACAAUGUUGAAUUUUCAGGACCCUUGUUGUCUCAAUCACAUAGAAUUGAUGAACUCUUAGAGAGGCACGAACGCCAGAUCCGCCAGGCAGUUAGGAGGUCAUGGUUUCAAAGAGGUAAGAAACAUGGGAAGUAAUUGCCGCUAUCAGUUCAAGAAAAAUAGAGUUCCAUUAGCAGACUUGAAGAGGUCAGAAAAGAUGAAUAUUUCCCACUGAGCUGCUGAACCCAACAACACAGGACUUGUGUUACCAACAGAGCUGGGAAACUAGUACAAAGUGAGUCGAGAUUUUCAGAAACAAAAAGAUGAAGAAAUAUGACGCUGGAAUGAAUAGUUCAUUCUUCUCUUUUUAACAAGCCCUGUCCCGGAAAAAAAUAAUAAUAAUAUAAUUGAUUAAUAAUUGUCCUUUUCCCGUAGUUUUUUUUUUUUUUUCCUUCAGAUUUUUCCAAUCUCCAACGGCAGUGUAAAUAGAUGAAUGGGUGAUAGAUAGUGAGUAGUAGUGUAUUUUUUCAUGGUUCAUAAGAUCUUUUACAUGAGGCUCUCUUUCUCUUCA